AAAUCUGACACAUUUGUAGGAUCUGAGAGACACAGAAAAACAUCAGUUUGAUAAGCGUGAGAGGCAUAUAUAAACGAACACUUUGUCUUGGUUUCAGCCAAUAGCUUUCAUUUGAGAAUCGUUCUGAUAGUUUAAUUACGGAUGGAGUUUAUAUCACACAAUAAAAUAAGGUGUUUCAAUUGUUUUUAGAUAGAAGGCAUAGAAUGAUUCCCAUACAACCUUACAGGCUGCUGUGGCUAGCUUGUAUUUUUCUACAAAUCUUUAAUGCUCACAGUCACAGCAAAGAAGUGGUGAAAGUGACAGUAUUCUAUGAAACACUUUGUCCAGACUGCAUUGACUUUUUCGUCGGACAAAUCGCACCGGCCUGGAGAGAUUUGAAAACCCACAUCAAAUUCGACCUCGUACCGUACGGUCAUGCUAAGCAAAACUAUACCGGAGAGCAAUGGAGUUUUUCUUGUCAACAUGGAGAAAAAGAAUGCCGAUAUAACAAGCUGCAUGCAUGCUUUAUGAAAAAAGAAAAGAGCAAAAACAAAUUAAUACCACUGUUGACCUGUCUCAUGAGAGACAAAGAUGAAGGGCACAAUUUAAAGAAGUGCGCCAGAAAAUAUAAAGUGAACUUGAGCCAGAUCAAAUCCUGUUGGAAAGGUAAAGAAGGAGAUGCACUACUGGCGAAAUAUGGGGAUAGAACUCAUAAUUUCAGACCUAUUAUUAGAUUUGUUCCUACUAUUGUCUUUAACGGGGUUUUUGACAGGCCUUCCCAUGAGCAAGCGUUGAUAAAUCUUCCAAAAGUUGUUUGCAAACGUUUGCAAAAGAAGCCUGAAGUUUGUGAGAAGUAUCAAUAGCAUUUCAAACGACAUCUCUCAUUAAAAAUGAAACAUAUUUGGAAAGCUGAAGUUCAAGAUUGAAACUUAAUUGUAUUAAUUAUAGUUUUUUAAUAUAGAAUAAUGAUCAAAUGAUUAGUAUAGUCGAAUGGAGAAGAAAGUGUUGUAUUAUUCAUACAUUGGACUAUAAUAACUUUCUAUCUUUUAUGCUGGAUUUGCAACAAGUAAUAAAAUGAUUGAUCACCACGGUAAAAGCCA